AUGGAGUCCGUUGGUGUUUCCAAGAUGACUGCUCUUCUCAUGCUUUUCAGAGGUGAUCUCCUGUCAGGAAAAACCAAGAGUGGAUCUAAGGGACUUUUCAUCCUCAGCGUCCUCUUUUGUAUUUCUGCUUGGAGACCAGUAACUGUUGGAGCCCUGACAGAUCUGGAAUUUGAGCGGAGUCCCAAUACUGUCAUCUCGUCGCUGGGCAAGCCUGUUACCAUGCAGUGCACUCUGAAGGGCACGGGGGGCGAGGAAGAGGACCCCCCAGAUGUGCUCUGGCUGAGAGACGGGGCGCUGCUUCCGUUCGCCGACACCAACCAGAUCCAGGUCCACACCGGCAGCAACAGCUGGACCAUCAUGAGCACGCUCAGUAUUCAGAAAGUCCAGCUUCAAGACAUGGGGGCAUAUCGAUGUGCUGUUCUGUCAGAAAUCCACCAGACCAUGUCCGAGGAGGGCAGCAUCCAGCUGGAGGGUCUUCCUCACUUCUCGGUGGAGCCCCAGCACACGUCCAUGGUGGCCAACGUGUCCCUGAGCCUGAGCUGCGUGGCCCACGGCCCCCCAGACCCCGUCAGGGUCAUCUGGCUGCAGGACGGCGCUCCUCUCAACUCCCUGAAGGACCCGGUGGCCCUGUCCCCCUCCACCCUCAACAUCACAGGUUUGAACAGGACCAGCACUUUUUCCUGUGAGGCCCACAACCGCAAAGGCGUGGCCACCUCUGGAUCUGGAACCAUCACGGUCCUCCCAUCAAAGCCUCAGAAUCUGCAAGCUUUGGAGAUUACUCCGACCAGUCUACAUAUAUCAUGGCAGCCCGGUUUUGGAGGCGACUACCCAAUAAUCCGCUGCUCUAUUCAGGCCAAACACUCGGGAGAACCCUUCACAGGACGCCCAGAUAAGAUGAUCCACAAUCAGAACGUGAACAUCCCCCCGGCCUCGCACCUGAUCGGGGGCCUGGAGCCCCACAGCCUGUACGCAGUGAGGGUGGCCUGCCACAGCAGCCAGGGACCCUCCGCCUGGACCCCCUGGGUGGAGCUGCACACCAAAGAAGGAGUGCCAGACCACCCGCCCGUUAACGUUAGCGCUGUCCUGAACGGGACAGACGUGCUGCUGACAUGGGAGGGGCCCCCAGGAAAGCUGAAUGGAGAACUGCAGGGCUACAUGGUGGAGUACAGCACCCCCAAUGCUCAGCAGUUUGUUGUGGACACUGGAUUGGCCACCGAGCUGUCAAUCAAUCUGUCUGUCCCCCUGUCCAAUGUGACCUUUCGAGUGUGUGCCUAUACAGUGGUGGGGCAAGGACCCUGGACCCCCACACAGACCCUGACCCUUAUUACUCCUGAAAUGGAGGAAUUCAGAGGCCCGUCAACUCCUCCGGCUUUUUCCUGGCACUGGUGGUAUGUGGUGAUGGCCAUUGCCGGCGCCGUGUCCAUCGCUGUGCUCAUGGCUGUUUAUGUGGCCAAGCUGCGGCGCAAGGAGACGCGUUUUGGAGAGGCGUUUGAACCCAUGAUGGAGAGCGGAGAGCUGGUGGUCAGGUACCGCGCCCGCCGCACGUACAGCCGAAGGACCACAGAAGCAACAUUGAACAGCCUGGGCAUCAGCGAUGAGCUGAAGCAGAAGUUACAAGACGUGAUGGUGGACAGACAUAAACUAACCCUGGGAAAGACCCUAGGAGAAGGGGAAUUUGGCUCUGUGAUGGAAGGUCUGCUGACUCAGGAGGAUUCUUGCCUCAAAGUUGCUGUCAAGACUAUGAAGAUCGCUAUCUGUACCCGCUCAGAGAUGGAAGACUUUCUCCGAGAGGCCGCCUGCAUGAAGGAGUUUGACCACGCCAACGUCAUGAGGCUUCUAGGUGUGUGUCUGCAGACUGUGGAGAGUGAAGGUUACCCCUCCCCCGUUGUCAUCCUGCCCUAUAUGAAACACGGAGACCUGCACAGCUAUCUGCUCUACUCGAGGCUCGGAGACUUUCCUGUGUACCUCCCGUCUCAAAUGCUGGUUAAGUUCAUGACUGAUAUUGCCCGUGGGAUGGAGUACCUCAGCCGCAAGAACUUCAUUCACAGGGAUCUUGCCGCUCGCAACUGCAUGCUGAAUGAGAACAUGAAUGUGUGUGUGGCAGACUUUGGCCUCUCCAAAAAGAUCUACAACGGAGACUACUACAGGCAGGGCCGCAUCUCCAAGAUGCCGGUCAAGUGGAUCGCUAUCGAAAGCCUGGCUGACCGCGUCUAUACCACCAAGAGUGACGUGUGGUCGUUUGGAGUUACCAUGUGGGAGAUCGCCACGAGAGGCCAGACUCCGUACCCUGGGGUGGAGAACAGUGAGAUUUAUGAUUAUUUGAGACAGGGAAACCGUCUCAAGCCGCCUCCAGAUUGUCUGGACAACAUCUACGCCCUGAUGUUCUCCUGCUGGCUGCUGAGCCCCAAGGACCGGCCGUCCUUCGAGGCGCUGCGCUGUCAGCUGGAGAAAGCUCUGGAGGAUCUGCCGGACACCCAGGAUCCCGAGGAGAUCCUGUACGUCAACAUGGACGAGUCGUCCAUGGAGCUCGGGGCCGUCGGUGGCCGUGACCCCAUGGGGGGGCCGUCCCCUCUCUGCCUGAAGGGCCUGGACUCUGUGACCACGGUGGAGGUGCACCACCCCAACCGCUACGUCCUCUGUCCCCAACACGAGACCACCCGGCCCCUCUCUGAGUCCCUGGAGAGCCUGGACAUGCCGGUGUCGUCUUCCACCGCCACGCUGCCUCUACAACCGUCCUGCCAUUCCACCCCCAACCCAACCCCAGCGCCCACCCCGACUGUGGAGCUGCUGGAGGACAGGGAAGGCUCUAGAAAAAUGCCAUGGCAGUGAUGGCGUCACCCAUAAAAGUCUGGCCAAAGUGUGCCAUCCUUAAACCCCAGUCCAAGAAGCAGAUCCUCUUGCUACUGACUGCGAGAAACCUAAAGUGCCCCUAAGUAGAUCUUUUUGCACAAACACACACAAAGCAUUCCAAGGAAGUGAAGAAUUGGGAUUAUUUCCUUUGUUAACCCUUACACUUCUGUUAUGAGCACAUUUCCAAGAGAGUGUGAAAAGUGUAGCCAGAGGAACACUGGGGGGUGAUCUGGUUUAGAGCACGUGUCGUUGAACUCGUACACUGCAGCACAAUCAGAGAAACCCAACUCCCCGUCGCUAUAGCAAUACAACUACCGGUACACAGCAGAUCAAUCUCCUUCACAUGAAGCUCAAUAAUCUGAUCGUGAAACCAGCUCAGACACUGCCAGCCUGAAUCUACAACUAAACAAACUCAGGAGCUUGGACGCUAAAAAGCGCUAACGUGGAAUCCCUGAUAACUCUCAGCAAAAAGAAAACUGAGGACUAAAGAAAAAAUUGACAAAUGUCUGCCUACAAAAGGUUAUUUUGAGAUACAUAUUUCUUCUACUUUGAGCUGUGUUUUAUAAUGAUGAUAAGAUGUUCUCUCCCCACAGAAACCCGACUGAAGUUAGAAGACCUUUGCCCUUAAGCUACAGAAUAUGAAUGAAAUUGAAUUUUAAAAAAGACAUUAAAAGAGACCAUCAUCUGCGAAGAAAAUAACAUUCCACUCGGGCUAUAAGAGCUGGUUCGAAUCCGGAAUCUCCAUUUCCGUCCAAAUGUAGCGCUAAUAAUCCCUGACACUUUGCAUUUAGCACCUUGAGCCAUUUUCAGUUCACACAAGGCACCUCUUUCCUCUCUAACAACCUGUGAAAGUCCUGAUUCAACUAGUCGAUACAUCUUCGUCAUAACUCAGGAAGCGGAGACUUUGUAGGUACUGGUCCAAUGAAUAGGGUACAGAUAAUCCAGGGCAGAUGGAUGACUGAGGGUAGGUACGGACAGGAUGGAGUUAUCCAGGGCAAACGGUGGGAUAAGCUCCUCCCCUUUGCUUUUGGCUCAAGCACAGUGUUAUUACACAUUUUGUAAAAAAAAGACAAAUGUAAUGCUGAUUUUUGUAUUUCUACGACUUUGCACUAAUGUUGGUUUUUAUAUCCUUGUAUGUUUGUUUAUAGUUUGUAUAUCUUUUACGCUUUUUUGUAUUUUGUGUUAUUACUUUUCUCAAGUCAUCUCGCAUAAAAUCUUUGCAUAUAAAGGCAGAGAACGAAGCCUGUGAAAGCAUAUCAGGGCGAUUAUUUUUCUGUAAAUGUGCAAAAGACUGGGAAACAUGACUAACCUCGUCGUCUGA